AUGGAUUUAAGGAAAAUUUUGGAUACAACUCCAGAACCACCAAUUAUUGAACCUGAUAUUGCUAAUAUUAAUUAUUCAGGAGACUAUCAAUUACCUACACCAAUGUAUGAUUUUCAAAAAGAAUUAACUGAUCAAAUUGUAUCGUUACAUUAUCCUGAUAUUUUAAAAUAUUGUGAAUUAAAUGAUCGACGAGAAAUUAUUAUUAAAUCAUUAGAUAUUUGUCUUGAAAAUUGUCAAUUAGUUUCUAAUCAUCCUUAUUUAUUGAUUGAUCAUUAUAUGCCGAAAAAUUUGACCUUUAAACAAUUACCAGAAAAAUUGGCUGAAACUAGUGGGAAAUUUAAUGUUUUCAAAGAUUUAAUUAAUGUUUUAAUUGAUGAUAAAAAUAAUUAUCUGAUAAAUGUUGGUGUUGUGAUUAAUAAUAAACGAAAUUUAUUUGAUUUAAUUGAUGCUUUAUUAUUAGGAUGUUCUCGAUCAAAUAAUAAUGUGACAGUUAUACGAUAUUCCGGUAAUAAUGUUUUACGAGAAUCUAAAAAGAAAGCUCAAAAUAAAACCACUACUAGUAAUAGUUCAACUACUACAUCUACAACUACUGCAACUACUGCAAUAGCAACCACUACUACUACUACUGCUACUAAGAAGCAUAAGAAAAAGCAUGCUACAAAGGAAAAAGGGUAUGGGAAACACAAAAUACAAAAUCAUUCUGUAACGAUUCAUUUAAUUCCGCAUGAUGGACAAAUAAGUAAAGGUAAACCAGAUUUAAAAGAGGUUAAAUUUGAUUUACUUAUAGUUUUCGAUGGAUCAGUUGAUACUGAAAGUGAUUUUUUCAAAUUAUUAAGAAUUCAAAAUCGUAAUGUCAAUAUCAAUAAUAAUGUUAAUGAUAAUGUUAAUGAUAAUUUUAUGACACUGAAUAUAAAACUGGAUCGAGGUCGACUCUUGACUAGAGGCAGACAUCUGACUAGAGGAAGACCUUCAACUAAAGAAAACCUUUUAGUUGAUAAAAAUUCUUCUGAAGAAUCAAUUAUAAAUUUACCUCCAUGUGCAAUUAUUAGAUUAAUACCAACAAGAACUGUGGAACAUGCUAAACUUUAUUAUAAACCAGAUGAAGAUAAACCUGAUUAUUUAACUAAAGUGAUUUCAUCAAUUGUAUGUUUACGUGAUUCUAUUGGACAAUUACCACCCGAUAUUUAUCCAAUUUAUCAUCAAAAAUUGACUUAUUUUUCUCAUACAUUUUUUGAUAAAUUAUUUCAAUCAACAACAAUGGCCCAAACAAAAAUAAAUGGAAAGAAUAAGUAUAAUGAUCAUUACAAUGAUGAACAUGAACAUGAACAUGAUCAUAUUCAUGACCAUGACCAUGACCAUGAAUAUCCUGGAUGGCCAUUACCUGAUUUACCCAAGAUUAUCAAGUUUUCUCCUUAUGAUGUUGAACGAUCAUUAUUAACUGAAACUCGAUUCCAUUAUACACCUUACGAUUUCAAUCCUAAUCAUUUAAAUAAUGAAAAUUCAUCAAAAGAUUACAAAAAUCAAUUGAAAUCAACAUAUUAUGAACUGAAACGAUUACAACUGGAAUAUAUUACUAAUCCAUUGAAAAAUUCUUAUGAUGUAUUAACCGGGAUUUAUAGAACCACCAAUAAUGAUGCGAAAAUUUUAACUCAUAAAUUAAUAUUACAAUUAAAUGAAGCAUUUAUGAAACGAGAUCGAUUAAAUAAAGAACUUGAAACUUAUAAUAAAUUUCAUAAUAAUGAUUGGCAAAUUAAUAAAAUUGGACGACGUGAUCAUAUUUUGAAGUCAACUAAAAAAAGUAUUGAAGAUGAUAUAAAUCAAUGUCAAAUUAGAAUUAAUAAUGUUAAUAAAUCAAUUGAUGAAAAAACUCAAGAAUUAGAAUCAAUUAAAUUAGAAAUUAAACAAUUACAAUUACAAUUAGAAAAUUUCAAAUCUAAGAAUCCAAAUAGUAGUAGUAGUAGUAGUAGUAGUACUAGUAAGACCAAAGCUACAACUUCUGAAAAUGAAAAUAAUUCCAAAAGAAAGAGAAGUGAUGAUGAUGAUGAUAAUGAUGAUGAUAGUUUGGCACCUGAUACCACUACCACCACUAUUAAUACGAAAAAUCAACAAUUUAUUGAUGAACAAUUUAAAAUAUGGGAAUUACAAGAACAAAUUAAUGAUUAUAUUCAUAAAAUUGAAUUAAAAAAUAAUGAAAAACAAUUUGCUUUUAAAGAAUAUGAAAAUUGUUUAAAAUCAAUUGAUGAUUCUAAUAAACAAAUUGAAAAUUUAAUUGAUCAAUAUAAUAAUAAUAAACGGAAAUUUGAUGAAUUAAUUGAAAAAAAUCCUUUAAAUAACAACAACAAUAAUAAUAACCAAUUUGAAAUUGAAAAACAAAAAUUAAUUACUAAGAUUAAAGAUCAAGAAAUAAUUAAUGAAUCAUUAAAAUUUAAAUUAAACAAUGCUUUUACAUUUUUAAAUGAUACUAAAUAUUUGAAAAAGAGGAAAAAUCGAGGAAUAACUCCUAAAUAA